UUACAGAUGAUUUAAUCCAAAAAAUAUUUAAUCUUUACAAUAAUUCAAUAAUUGAUGAAAUUAUCAAAAAUAUCAUGGAUGCAUUUAAUUUGGAUAUUUUUGAAGUUGUUUUGGCUAUUUGUAAACAUCUUUGGAGUGAUAAAACAAAACCUACGGAUUUAACAAAAUUAAUUAAAUUUUUGGCUUUAAAUGAAUAUAAAAUAAUUAAAUUAAUUGAAGUAUUAAUUGAUGGACAAGAAAUUGAUGAUUUGGAUGAAUUACUUUCUAAUCUUUUAAUCACUCCUUGCGAUGCUUUAUUAUUACUAACAAUUAUUUGGACAGAAUUGGAAUUUCCAUCAGUUGCUCGUCUUUUUGAGCCAUAUUUAACUUUUCCGCCUCUUGCAAGUAAAAUUACAAACUCAGAAUUACAACAGGCUGAAAAUGAUUUUAAUCAAUUACUUGAUGAACAUUUGGAUAUUUAUUCUGGAAUUGAUUUAAAUAUUAUUGAAAGGAAUAAUCAAAUUAUUAAUGAAUUAGAUAAUUUAUUUGAAAAUUCGAAUGAACAUCAAAGAAUAACAACUGAAAUGAUAAAUAAAAUGAAUGAAAUAAAUCAGGCUUUAGUAUUUUAUUUUAAAAAAUUAUUUUUUUUUAAUUUAUUUUUUAAGAGUCGUGUACCUGAUCAUAAAUAUAAUAUUGAAACAUUUGUUUCGGAUUCAUCAGAAUCUGAUUCUGAAAACUUGGAGGAUGAUUUAGUAAUUUUCAAUGAAAGAAUAAAGAAAUGGCCAAAUUGGCUUGAACAAGAAUUAUCUCAAGCAAAUUUAAAUGAGCAUCUAAUUUUGGAAGAAAAUCAAUUUUAUUUUGCGCCCAUCUCAAAAUUAAAUAAUGAAGUUUAUACAAAUGGGUUUGCAAAGUGUAAAUUAAUUAAAAAGGAUUCCGUCGGCCUCUGUCAAGUAAAAGGAUUUUUACUUUCUGAAGACACUACAACAACUUCUUUACUUCAAUCAUCACAAUUAGCAAUGGGGGAUGCACCAACUAUUCGCUGUCCGGAAGGUACUCGUGUUGUUGCUUUAUGUAAACGUGGAGCUAUUCAAAUUGGUUCUUUGUCAGCUUCUUAUUUUGAAGGCACAAUUGCCGUUUUCUUUGACAAUGGGAUUGAUGCUUAUGUCAAACCAACAGAUAUUCGUUUAAUGUUUAACCAGCCAUUGGAUGAUAACCAAAAAUUCCAACCAAGGCUUGCUUUUAAAAAUGUUGUGAAUUCAACUAGAGCUGAAUUUAUUCGUCAUUAUCUUGCUUGUUAUCCUGACUGGCCUUUGAUACAACUUAAGAAAACUGAAAAUAUGCAAAGAAUUUUGGCAAUUCGGAAUGGUUUAAACGAUUCUGCUUUCGUUUUGGAUGUUGAUAGGCAACUUGCUCUUCUUCGUUUUCCUGGAAUGAAUAAAGCUGCUUGGCCUUCAAUUCAAUCUAAUGUUGUUAAAAAUAUUAAAGAUUGUGUGGUUAUUAAUUGUAAAGAACAUGCCCACAAUGAUGAAUGGGUAUAUCGAGGAAAUCCUUUACGUUUUCCAACUCUUGCCCUUUCAACAAAUUAUAAUCAACAUUCUACUCAAAAUAACCAAAAUACUCAACAACAUUUAUCUGGGAGACCUCUUGUUAGAACUGGACGUAAAAUGGGGCAAUUCGAAAUGGCUCAUCCACUCAAUAGUGUAGAUUUAUACAAAUCAUUUCAAAUAAUGCAAGAAAUAAGGCACCAAACGGCAAGAAAGUCAUCAAAACAGCAAUCUAUUGAAUUGCCACCAAUGCAAACAAGAUCUUCUGGAACACUUUUAAAACGAAAACAAUUAACUUCAAAUGUCCAAGAGGAACGUAUUGCUAUUCCAAAAUGGAUUUGUCCAAAAAAUUUUCAUAAAACUAGUGGUAAUGUAGCAACUAGAUUGACAUGUUCACCUGUCUGUUUGAGUUCAAUUAAAGUUACAAAAUAUCCUGAUCGCUACCACUCUCCAUAUUCUAUUCCUUUACUAAAUGGAUGGGCUAGAUUGGUAAUUUUAAAUUGGUUUUUAAUAGAGAUAGGACUUUGGAUUUUAUUGAUAAUAUCUGUUUUGAUAAACGACGGGUUUUGCAUUUAUGUUCUUUGCUAUUUGUAACAAUUUUUAUUAGAUAGACCGUAAAAUCGAGUUCCGUAGGCAAAAGUUCCGGAUAGACUGGAAUGUCAAUAUGUAUCGGUAUCGAUAAAUGUCAUUUUUGUCUGCCAUGUAUAUCAU